AAUCAUGUGAUGGUAUUUAUAGAGAUUGACCUUUUUUAUUGCAACCGCAAAUAGCACUGCAACGCAGCAAAGAUGCAGCUCUCUAGCUCUGUGAUCUUGUUCGUGACUCUUUCAUUUAUUGGAAUAUCUCUUGCUCAUCCAAUAUUUGAGCAAAUUGAUUUCGCUGAACACCAAUGUGCGGAUAAGAAGACCAACUGCUCCAGCACUGCCACCUGCUGUCAACUCACUGCAGGCUGGGGCUGUUGUCCUCAUCCCGGAGCUUCCUGUUGUGCAGACAAGGUUCACUGCUGCCCUAGUGGAUACACCUGUGACGUUACGACCAAAUCAUGUGCAAAAUCACCGAGCAAUGAGCUAAUAGAUAUGGUAGCAAUUUCAACAUCUCCUGAGAUCGUCACUUGUGUUGAUGGUUCUAAUUGUCCCAACAAUAACACAUGCUGCAAACUGGAGAGUAACGACGGUUACGGAUGUUGUCCUAUAUCUGGAGCUGUUUGUUGUAAAGAUGGUCUGCACUGUUGUCCUACCGACUAUGCAUGCAAUAGCGAUGGAACUUGUACUGACUAUUUUGGUCAAAUAGUGAUGAAAAUGCUUACUGAAGUUAAAUCACCGAAGAGUGUCGUGUGUCCAGAUAAACGGAGCGAAUGCCCUGCUGAAAACACUUGUUGCAAGCUUACUGCCGGUCAGUGGGGUUGCUGUCCAAUACCUAUAGCCGUGUGUUGUUCUGAUGGUGUCCAUUGUUGUCCCAACGGCUAUACUUGUGACGUUUCCAGUGGAGCUUGUAGCAAGAAAGGAGAGACAAUUGCUUUCUUUGAGAAAAUUGCAGCUGUGAAAUCACCCAAAAGUGUCGUGUGUCCUGAUGGCCAGAGCCAAUGCCCCGAUGGAAACACUUGUUGCAAGCUCUCUUCCGGUCAAUGGGGUUGCUGCCCAAUACCUAGUGCUGUGUGUUGUUCUGAUGGUGUCCAUUGUUGUCCCAGCGGCUAUACCUGUAACCCUUCCGUUGGAACUUGUAGCAAGAAAGGAGAGACAAUCGCUUUCUUUGAGAAAAUUGCUGCUGUGAAAUCUCCCAAGAGUGUCGUGUGUCCCGAUGGCCAGAGCGAAUGCCCCAAUGGAAACACUUGUUGCAAGCUCUCUUCCGGUAAAUAUGGUUGCUGCCCAAUACCUAGUGCUGUGUGUUGUUCUGAUGGUGUCCAUUGUUGUCCCAGCGGCUAUACCUGUGACGUUUCCAGUGGAGCUUGUAGCAAGAAAGGAGAGACUAUCGCUUUCUUUACAACUGUUAAAUCACCCAUGAACGUAGUGUGCCCAGAUAACAAGAGCGAAUGCCCCAAUGGAAACACUUGUUGCAUGCUCGCUUCCGGUCAAUAUGGUUGUUGUCCAAAUGCUAAUGCUGUGUGUUGUUCUGAUCAUAUCCAUUGUUGUCCCAGCGGCUAUACCUGUGACGUUUCCAGUGGAGCUUGUACCAAGAAAGGAGAGACAAUAGCUUUUUUUGAGAAAAUUGCAGCUGUGAAAUCACUCAAGAGUGUCGUGUGUCCCGAUGGCCAGAGCGAAUGCCCCAAUGGAAAUACUUGUUGCAAGCUCUCUUCUGGUCAAUGGGGUUGCUGCCCAAUACCUAGUGCUGUGUGUUGUUCAGAUGGUGUCCAUUGUUGUCCCAGCGGCUAUACCUGUGACCCCUCCGCUGGAACUUGUAGCAAGAAAGGAGAGACAAUUGCUUUCUUUGAGAAAAUUGUUGCUGUGAAAUCUCCCAAGAGCGUGAUGUGUCCCGAUGGCCAGAGCCAAUGCCCCAAUGGAAACACUUGUUGCAAGCUCUCUUCCGGUCAAUGGGGUUGCUGCCCAAUACCUAGUGCUGUGUGUUGUUCUGAUGGUGUCCAUUGUUGUCCCAACGGCUAUACCUGUGACAUUAACGCUGGAACUUGUACCAAGAAAGGAGAGACAAUUGCUUUCUUUGAGAAAAUUGCAGCUGUGAAAUCACCCAAGAGCGUAAUGUGUCCAGAUAACAAGAGCGAAUGCCCCAAUGGAAAUACUUGUUGCAAGCUCUCUUCUGGUCAAUGGGGUUGCUGCCCAAUACCUAGUGCUGUGUGUUGUUCAGAUGGUGUCCAUUGUUGUCCCAGCGGCUAUACCUGUGACGUUUCCAGUGGAGCUUGUAGCAAAAAAGGAGAGACUAUCGCUUUCUUUGAGAAAAUUGCUGCUGUGAAAUCUCCCAAGAGCGUAAUGUGUCCCGACGGCCAAAGCCAAUGCCCCAAUGGAAACACUUGUUGCAAGCUCUCUUCCGGUAAAUAUGGUUGCUGCCCAAUACCUAGUGCUGUGUGUUGUUCUGAUGGUGUCCAUUGUUGUCCCAACGGCUAUACCUGUGACGUUACCGCUGGAACUUGUACCAAAAAAGGAGAGACAAUUGCUUUCUUUGAGAAAAUUGCAGCUGUGAAAUCACCCAAGAGUGUCGUGUGUCCCGAUGGCCAGAGCGAAUGCCCCAAUGGAAACACUUGUUGCAAGGACUCUUCCGGUCAAUGGGGUUGCUGCCCAAUACCUAGUGCUGUGUGUUGUUCUGAUGGUGUCCAUUGUUGUCCCAGCGGCUAUACCUGUAACCCUUCCGUUGGAACUUGUAGCAAGAAAGGAGAGACAAUUGCUUUCUUUGAGAAAAUUGCUGCCGUGAAAUAUCCCGAGAGCGUAGUGUGUCCCGAUGGCCAGACCCAAUGCCCCAAUGGAAACACUUGUUGCAAGCUCUCUUCCGGUCAAUGGGGUUGCUGCCCAAUACCUAGUGCUGUGUGUUGUUCUGAUGGUAUCCAUUGUUGUCCCAACGGCUAUACAUGUAACCCUUCCGUUGGAACUUGUAGCAAGAAAGGAGAGACAAUCGCUUUCUUUGAGAAAAUUGCAGCUGUGAAAUCACCCAAGAGUGUCGUGUGUCCCGAUGGCCAGAGCGAAUGCCCCAAUGGAAACACUUGUUGCAAGCUCUCUUCCGGUCAAUGGGGUUGCUGCCCAAUACCUAGUGCUGUGUGUUGUUCUGAUGGUGUCCAUUGUUGUCCCAGCGGCUAUACCUGUAACCCUUCCGUUGGAACUUGUAGCAAGAAAGGAGAGACAAUCGCUUUCUUUGAGAAAAUUGCUGCCGUGAAAUAUCCCGAGAGCGUAAUGUGUCCCGAUGGCCAGAGCCAAUGCCCCAAUGGAAACACUUGUUGCAAGCUCUCUUCCGGUCAAUGGGGUUGCUGCCCAAUACCUAGUGCUGUGUGUUGUUCUGAUGGUGUCCAUUGUUGUCCCAACGGCUAUACCUGUGACGUUAACGCUGGAACUUGUACCAAGAAAGGAGAGACAAUUGCUUUCUUUGAGAAAAUUGCAGCUGUGAAAUCACCCAAGAGCGUAAUGUGUCCAGAUAACAAGAGCGAAUGCCCCAAUGGAAAUACUUGUUGCAAGCUCUCUUCUGGUCAAUGGGGUUGCUGCCCAAUACCUAGUGCUGUGUGUUGUUCAGAUGGUGUCCAUUGUUGUCCCAGCGGCUAUACCUGUGACGUUUCCAGUGGAGCUUGUAGCAAAAAAGGAGAGACUAUCGCUUUCUUUGAGAAAAUUGCUGCUGUGAAAUCUCCCAAGAGCGUAAUGUGUCCCGACGGCCAGAGCCAAUGCCCCAAUGGAAACACUUGUUGCAAGCUCUCUUCCGGUAAAUAUGGUUGCUGCCCAAUACCUAGUGCUGUGUGUUGUUCUGAUGGUGUCCAUUGUUGUCCCAACGGCUAUACCUGUGACGUUACCGCUGGAACUUGUACCAAGAAAGGAGAGACAAUUGCUUUCUUUGAGAAAAUUGCAGCUGUGAAAUCACCCAAGAGUGUCGUGUGUCCCGAUGGCCAGAGCGAAUGCCCCAAUGGAAACACUUGUUGCAAGCUCUCUUCCGGUCAAUGGGGUUGCUGCCCAAUACCUAGUGCUGUGUGUUGUUCAGAUGGUGUCCAUUGUUGUCCCAGCGGCUAUACCUGUAACCCUUCCGUUGGAACUUGUAGCAAGAAAGGAGAGACAAUCGCUUUCUUUGAGAAAAUUGCUGCCGUGAAAUAUCCCGAGAGCGUAAUGUGUCCCGAUGGCCAGAGCCAAUGCCCCAAUGGAAACACUUGUUGCAAGCUCUCUUCCGGUCAAUGGGGUUGCUGCCCAAUACCUAGUGCUGUGUGUUGUUCUGAUGGUGUCCAUUGUUGUCCCAGCGGCUAUACCUGUGACCCUUCCGCUGGAACUUGUAGCAAGAAAGGAGAGACAAUUGCUAGCUUUGAGAAAAUUGCUGCUGUGAAAUCACCCAAGAGCGUAAUGUGUCCCGAUGGCCAGACCCAAUGCUCCGAUGGAAAUACAUGUUGCAAGGGCUUUCCAGGCGAGUACGCUUGUUGUCCUUUGCCUAGUGCUGUGUGUUGUUCUGAUAAUGUCCAUUGUUGUCCUGAGGACCAUACAUGUGACGUUACCGCUGGAACGUGUAGCAAGAAAGGAGAGACAGUCGCUUUCGUUGAGAAGAUAUUGGCUCAGAAGAUGAAAUACAUCGAGUUUGAUCGUGAUUUUCUCUGAAUUGCAUCAAGACUUUCAAAUGACUGUUCUGAAACUGUCCAAUUAGGUUAAUACAUUCGUAAUGAAUAGCAUUGUUAUCUCCCAAACAUUUAUCCUACAUGACGUAUAAUGUUUACAUUAAUUAAUAUUUCGUUCAAUUCAUAUAAAUUAUUAUUAAAAUUUCCAAA